UUAAAUGGAAAAGGUCGAACAAUGAAUAAUAACACUUUACCCCAAAGGAAGACACGUGGACGUUUGGAAGUCGAAGAAGCGAAGAUCAUAAAAGUCAACAUGGAUGAAGAAGAGCAGAAUGUAGAGCAAUCAGGGGAUGAAAUGGAAACCAUAGAAAUGGACAAUGAGGGUGGUGACGCUGUUGAGUCUGGUGCUACUGAUACUGCUGAGGAGGUAUACUUACCCGGGAAGCCGCUGGAGGAGGGGGAGGAGCUUGUUCAUGAUAGCUCUGCAUACCACAUGUACCAUGCUGCUCAGACUGGUUCCCCGUGUCUCAGUUUUGACAUCCUCCGUGACUCCUUAGGGGACAACAGAAGCAGCUACCCCAUGACUGCCUACCUUGUGGCGGGGACACAGGCUGAGUCCAAGAAGCAGAACUUUGUCAUUCUGUUGAAGAUGUCUCAGUUGACUAGGACAGACAAGCAAACCGAAAGUGACAGUGAAGACGAGCUGGAAGAUGACGAGCCUGUCCUGGAAACAGUUAUGAUUCAACACAGCGGGGCAGUCAACAGAAUACGGGUUGCUCCUCUCACAGAGCACACUCUAAUAGCGUCUUGGUCAGAAAAAGGUGUGGUCAACAUAUGGAACGGUGACAAGCAUGUAAUCUUGUUGGAGCGACCCAGUGCUGGUGCUGCCAGUAAAGCUCUGACAGGUCACAAGGAGGCCCCUCUCUACACAUUCUCAGGACAUCAGAGUGAGGGUUUUGCCAUGGACUGGUCAGCAACGACUCCUGGUCGCUUGGCAACUGGUGAUUGCCAUAGCAACAUCCAUGUUUGGAAGCCAACAGACGAUGGCAGCUGGCACGUGGACCAACGGCCCUACUCUGCCCACACAAAAUCGGUGGAAGACAUCCAGUGGAGCCCUACUGAACCCAGUGUGUUUGCCUCGUGCUCUGUUGACGGGAGUGUGAGAAUAUGGGAUGUACGUGCCGCCCCCAGCAAAGCUUGCAUGAUUACUUGCCCCGCCCACAGUACUGAUGUCAAUGUAAUAUCGUGGAACAAAAAAGAACCCCUCCUGCUUUCUGGGGGAGACGAUGGGUUGGUCAAGGUCUGGGACCUCAGGCAAAUCAAAAAAGGUGAGGCAGCUGCCCUGUUCAAGCACCACACGGCUCCCGUGACCUCAGUGGAGUGGCACCCCUCUGACUCUACUGUGUUUGCCUCAGCUGGGGACGACAAUCAGGUGGUGCAGUGGGACCUGGCCGUGGAGAAAGAGGAGGGACCUGGUUCGUCGACAGUGGACGUCCCGCCACAGCUGUUGUUCAUCCACCAGGGUCAGCAGGAGAUUAAGGAACUACACUGGCAUCCUCAGUUGACUGGAGUACUGUUUACCACAGCUCUAAACAGCUUCAAUGUGUUCAAAACUAUCAGUGUUUGACGUGUACUAUUUCAAUCACAACUUUAUUAUAAAAAUACAAAUUACAUUUGUUAUUAUGUUUAUGUCUUAGCCAUCUAAUUGUUUUAAAACGAG